AUGGGUGGCAACGAAAACCUCGGAGGAAUGCCGUUGGGCCUAAACCAAGGAGAGUCACAAAUUCCGAUGCUACAACAGCACCAGCAGCCACAACAACAACAACAACAGCCACAACAACAGCAACAGCAACAGCAACAGCAGCAGCAACAGCAGCAGCAACAGCAACAGCAACAGCAGCCACAGCCACAAGUAUCAGGACAAGGUCAGGGGCAGGGGAGACCGGGGCUAUCUGCUCAACAGAUUUUGACUUACCUCAUGAGGCUCGACCCCGAACAGCGAAAUGCAGUGAUAUCGAAGAAUCCACAACUAAGAGCGUUUUUGGUGCAGAUUGAGCAGCAACGUAGACUCCAAAUCCAAAGGAUGCAACAACAACAGCAGCCAAACGCAGCUCCAAACACAACAGGCAUCGCCAGUACCGACAGCGAUUUGAACAACAAUACUAGGCCACAUCCCAACACUAAUCCGAAUGCUCAGCAACUGCCAAUGCAGAACCAGCUAUCUCAUAUGCAACAACAGCAGCAAAAGCAGCAGCAACUUCAACAGCAGCAACUCCAACAACAGCAACAGCAUCAACUCCAACAGCAGCAACAGCAGCAACACCGGCAACAGAAGAUGCCUCAACAGUUUUCUCCCCAAAACAUCUCGGGCUCGAUCGCAAGUAUGAAAACUGGAUCAGUGUCUGCAUCGCAUUCCCCAGCAGAAUUGCAUACUAGUACUGCUAAUCCCAGCUUUGCGACAUCUACGGAGGGGAACACUGCUUUCAGCUUUGGUCCGACUUUACAACCAACAGAUCUGUCCAAUUUGCCAAAGGACAAGAUUCCAAGGAAACCAUUACAGAAAAAAGGAAUGAAGAAGAAAGCAUUGACAGGUGGUCCCAUCCCCAUUGGAGUCGGAAGUGACACCAUUGCUUCUCCCCCACUGGUAAGAGCAAACCCAGCUAUUGUUUCCACUCAAGUUCCAGGCAACAAUUUGAACCCAAUACCGCAACCGUUGCAGAUGCAUACUACCCAGCAACCGGUACCGACAGUACCCCUUAACGCCAACGGGCCUACUGCUCAUCCGGGCGCAGUUGAGCCUAAACCGUCGAACGAAACGGUUCUAGCUACUGAAGACCCUAAAGGCCGCUUUGCAGAUUUCACGAAUCCGCUUCUUCAACAUCCUCAUGAGUGGUCGGAAAGACUCAAGAAGGAGGACAUGGAGCCGAGUACAGAUCUUAAGAUUUAUGAGAACAUCAUUACGAAGGAUCUGGACUACCUCAAGUACGCGUCAGCGAUAGUCAAUGCUGCGAAGGAGAACGAGAACAAGGUCAACGACAAGGUUGGCCUGAAUGGGAAGUUGUUUAACCGGAUUUUGAAGGAUCUUAAGUUCUACCAACAGGUGAAGGCUGCGAGAAUGCAGUCGAUGAAGCUGCCGCCGGAGGCAAACGGUCUUACAAGCAAUAUGUGGGGGGAUGGGUACAGCGGGUACGGUAACGGUUUCACCAAUGGGAAGAUCGAGUUUGUGUUUCCUGAGAACAGCAAGAUGAAAUACACUGACGAGAACCUGAACGAGGACAGCGAGAACCUUUAUCAGGAUGGGGAGAGCAUCCCGAUUCGGUUAGAGUUUGAUGUGGACCGGGACGGCUUCAAGUUGAACGACACGUUUUUGUGGAACUCGAACGACGACGACGAGACGUUGAAGGUCUUUGUGAACGAGCUGGUGAAAGACUACCGGAUCGAGAACAACGUGUCGAACGUAAAGCAGAAAAUUCUGGCAAGCAUCAAGGAGCAAAUAGCGGAUCUCCAUCCGAUGGUGGUGAACCCGAACAUUGAUCUCCGGUUCCCGAUCAACCUCGACAUCACGAUCUCGAACAACCAGCUUGUGGACCGGUUCGACUGGGACUUGAUGAACCAGGAGAACAGUCCGGAGGAGUUUGCCGAGACGCUCUGCGACGAGUUUGCGCUUCCAAACGAGUUCCGCACGGCAAUAGCGCACUGCAUUCGGGAGCAGUGCCAGAUCUACCUCAAGAGCUUGUACAUGAUCGGGUACAAGUUUGACGGCGGCGUCAUCGUGAGCGAGGACUUGAAGGAGUUCUUGCGGUCCGGUUUCGACCAGAACAACGUGAUGAUGCCGCGGUACCUCUUGUCGGCCUUCACGCCGUCUGUGCAGGAGCUUUCGAUAGACAACUUCGAGCGCAUCAUCAAGGAGCGGGAGCGGGAGUCGAAGCGGAAGAAGAAGGGCGUCACGCGGGUGGGCCGUCGUGGUGGCUUUGUGCUUCCGGACUUGAGCAACAUGCCCAAGACGUUCCGCACCCCGCUGCCGACGGCAAUCUUCCCCGGCGGCGUCGCCGUCGUGGACAACGAGCACAGCGCAGCCGACGCCGACUACACGGACAUCCCUAUCGACAUCGAGGUUCCUGCCGACCAGCUGCGCCGCGUGCACGAGAAGGACGUUGAGGAGAAGCGGGCUCUCGAGCUGCUUGUCGAACGGGUCCGUCGCAGCAGCGUCAAGCCGGACCAACACGUUUCUGCCCACACUGCUGGCGCUGGCGACGCCGCCGACUCCGCCGACUCCGCAGCCGUGGACUCUGCCAUGGACGUCGACAUGGCCGGCAAAGACGACAUCGAAGCUGACCCCGACCAGGACGUCAAGAUGGAAAACUCCGAAGACGUCCCGCUCAUCAUGAUGCCGAUCCAGGAGAGAAUAGAGGACAUGGCGGCCCGGGGACGGGAGUCUCUGCGCAGCAUCUAUAACAACGCUCCGCUGUUGCGGUACAUCAACCCGAACAACCGGUACAACCAGGUGCCUUCAAGCGAGGAGAACGAUCCGGCAAGGACCCGGACGGUGCAGGGCCACGUGGUGCACGUUGGGGAGACCCACGACGGGGUGUUCAGCAACAUGCCGGCGAAGCCGUCGACGAGCCCGGCCAGCGUGCCGGACCAGCUCCCGUCCUACGACGAGGCGUCGCACGACCCCUCGCCACCGUACUGGGAGACCAGCAUCAUGUCCGAGUUUGACGAGAUCUACAUCGACGGUAUCCCCGUCGGAAACGUGUUCAACUUCAUCUGGAGCGCUGCCGUGAGCGUAUUGUUCCAGUUCCUUGGCUUUGUCAUCACCUACUUGCUCCACACGUCGCACGCCGCCAAGAACGGCGCCCAGUUCGGCCUCGGCAUCACCAUCAUCAACCUCGGCCUGUCCUCGCUCCCGAUCGACAUCACCAAGCACGAGAUCGACUCCACAACAGGCCGCUUCGAGCCUGCAGACCCCUCCACCAUCGACGUGAGCCUUCAGAACGGCGCAGACCUGCCUGGUCAGCUGGACGGUUACCACUCCGCCCUGAGCACCCACGGCGACUUCAGGGAGUCGCCCGGUUCCUUGCUCAAUGGCACCCCGAUCCUGGCGUACUUCCUCUUCACGCUGGGCGGCUUCAUCGUCGCCAAGGCGACCUACGACUUCUACAAGGUGAAGCGCUUGGAGUACUCCAUUAUGAACCCAAUGUCCUCCGCACAGGUCCGCCCAGAGGAAACCCCCGAGGAAUCAGUAUAG